AUGCAGCCUGGCUGGUUCACCGCUGCAGCCAUUGUCUUGCUGGGACCGGCACAAGUCCUGGCUGGCAAUGUCCUCAAAACAAACGGAUAUUCCCUGUGCUCGACAAACGCAACAAUCACAGUAAACAACUUCGACGUCGAAUAUGAUCAGAGCAGCAAUAACGUUGUCUUCGAUGUCUCCGGCACUAGCGACAAAGUCCAGAAUGUGACAGUCUCGCUGGUUGUGUCUGCCUACGGAAAGCAAGUAUAUGAAAAGGAUUUCAACCCGUGUGAUGCAAGUUCUGCAGUUCCAGAACUCUGCCCAGUGCCAGCCCGAGCCUUCUCAGCCAGCGGUAACAUGACGAUUCCCAGCCAAUAUGCCGACAUGAUCCCCUCGAUAGCUUUCAACGUGCCGGAUUUGGAAGGACAGGCAAAGUUGGAGCUCAAGUCCGCUGAUACUGGUGACGAGGUUGCCUGUAUCGAGUCUGAAGUCACCAACGGCAAGACUCUUCAGAUCCCCGCUGUAUCCUACGUCGCAGCCGGUAUUGUUGCGGCAUCUCUAGCUCUGAGUGGGCUUACUGCAUUGGGAACCGCUGGUCAUCCUGGAGCAGCUACAUCGAGCCCCAGCUUCGGCGAGGUUAUUGGCUGGUUCCAAACCCUCGCCACAAGCGGUGCGCUCAGUGUGCAAUAUCCCACCGUUUAUCGUACUUUUACCUCCAACUUUGCGUUUGCUGGAGGCCUUAUUCCUUGGAGCGACAUGCAGAAUUCCAUCGACAAUUUUCGAAACGUGACGGGCGGUAACAUCACCGAAAACAAUUACCAAUACCUCAGAAACGCUACUCUGACGUUCGACGAUGGCUCAACAAACACGAGCCUCACCAAACGAGCUCUUUCCGAUCUCCUAGAGCGUUCGGUACUAUUCGUCCGCGAUGUCUCGACUUCGGACAACGCUACGACUAAUUCAUCAACCUCUAGUGGCAUCGUUGCGGAACUCAAAGGUGUACAGGCUUGGUGCGAACAACUGUACAUUCCGUCAUCCAACAUGUUCAUGACUGUGCUGUUGUUCUUUGCCAUUGUGAUUGCUGCUAUUGCUGUUGGUAUUUUGCUCGUGAAAGUUGUUCUGGAGACCUGGGCAUUGUAUGGCUCCUUCCCACAGAGUCUGGUUGAUUUCCGAAAGCAUUAUUGGGGACUCUUAGGCCGGACGAUUACCAACUUAGUUCUUAUCGUCUACGGUAUCUGGGUACUUUACUGCGUCUAUCAAUUCACCCGCGGUGAUUCCUGGGCCGCCAAGCUACUGGCAGGUCUGACUCUGGCUGCGUUCACGGGKCUACUUGCUGCGUUUUCUGUUCGCAUCUGGCUCCUUGCUCGUCGAUACAAAAAAACUCAGGGUGACAACUCGGUCAUGUACGAAGAUAGGGAAAUCUGGAGACGUUACAGUCUGUUCUAUGACAGCUACAAGCGAUCCUACUGGUGGAUCUUCAUUCCUGCUAUUCUUUAUUCAUUCAUCAAGGGCUGCAUCAUUGCUGGUGGUGACGGUCACGGUCUGUUCCAGACCGGGGGACAGCUGAUUGUCGAAGCUCUCAUGUUAAUCCUUUUGGUGUGGAGCCGACCAUACGUGGCCAAGUCUAGUCAAUGGAUCAACAUCACCAUACAAGUAGUCCGUGUACUUUCAGUGGCAUGCAUUUUGGUCUUUGUCGAGGAACUCGGCAUUGCACAAACAACCAAGACCAUUACUGGCGUCGUUCUCAUCGCUGUGCAGUCCACUCUCACCGUUGUACUGGCAAUACUUAUUGGCGUCAACGCUCUGAUCGCUUGCAUCAGAAAGAACCCUCACAUCCGCUUACGUGAACGUAAAGGAGACGCGGAAGAUAUGGACAACUUGACAGCUUUGGAUGCGCGAAAUUCUCUCCUCUUCGACGGUCGAUCCCGAGCAGACAUGUAUGAAGAGAGCAAGUACAACAUGACCGGUCCCUACGAAACAUAUCGAGACAUGCCCACCAAAGGUUCCACUCAUGUCCGCGACAGGAGUACGGAUGGCCUGAUCAGUAAUGACUCAUACUAUCGUGGGCACUACAAGGAACAAUCCACACACCUCCGAACUCUCAGCCGCGAUCGCAGCCCCAGUCCGGAGGAAUUGCAAACACAAAAGCCUCGUGAUUUUGGAGUUGCAUUCUAG